AUGAGCAGCUUGAUCAACCAGGCCGAUGAGCGCCAGAACGCUGGCCCUGCCGCUGUUGCUUCCCAACGUCAGCCUGGUCCAAACGGCAAUUUAUCUGCGGGCGCAUCGGUCGCUUCUAUUCCGAAGACCUUCUGCUGUCAAUUGCUCCGUUCCUGUCAGCUUUUUUUCACCUCGUUGCUGGGCUCUCCUUCGUGGGACCCGCUGAUGGACUGCAAAAUCCUUUCCCUGGCAACUCGACCCGGCGGCUAA